AUUGUUGCAGGCAGCUGUUUCAGUGACCGCCAUAAUAACAUUUCCUUAUUGUUUUCUUGGUAUUCUUCAUCUCUUUUUCUCAGUCUUACCAUAUACAUACAUAUGUUUGUAUGUAUAUACCAUAUACACUCUCUGUCAAUCUCUUCGGUGGCCUGGCCGUUUCAAUUUUCCAUUUCUUCUUUACCUGUUUCAGAUUUGAUCUCAGUCUGAUUUUUUUACCAGUUUUGAUUGCUUGUUUAGAGCUGGAGGAGUUGGCUGUUUAUAAUCAAGACAAGAUUUUAGAGGUGGUUGAAGCCAAUCAAAAGGAAGUCAUGGUGAGUCCGAUAGGGCGAAUUGAAGACCAUGAUACGGGUCCGCCAUGGUUGAAGCCAAUGCUGAAGGCUAACUACUUCAUUCCCUGUGCCGUUCAUGGCGACUCCAAUAAGAGCGAAUGUAACAUGUUUUGUUUAGACUGUAUGGGAAAUGCUCUCUGUUCUUACUGUUUGAUUCACCACAAAGAUCACCGUGUUGUUCAGAUAAGGCGAUCCUCCUACCACAACGUGGUGAGGGUUAAUGAAAUACAGAAGUACAUAGACAUUUCUUGCGUACAGACUUACAUUAUCAAUAGUGCCAAGAUUGUCUUCUUGAACGAGCGUCCUCAGCCGAGGCCUGGAAAAGGUGUCACCAAUACUUGUGAAAUUUGUUGCAGAAGUCUCCUAGAUACCUUCAGAUUCUGUUCUCUUGGUUGCAAGCUAGGAGCCAUGAAGAGGGGUGAUUCAGAGCUCUCAUUUACACUGAGAGCCAAGCACGGGUUCCAUGGCGGGUCAGAAUCAGAUGAAUCCUCAACUCCAAAGAAGAUUCGGAGAUCUCCCAUGUUCAAACGCUUGAUGGAAGGGCUAACAAUUUGUUCAGAAAGUCAUCAGAACGAAUUUGGGGAAAGGUCUUGUAGCUCUGGAGAUGAAGCCACCACCACCACCGGCAAACUCUCACCAACCACUCCUCCCAUUUACAACCACCGCAAUGCCACCAGGAGAAGAAAGGGUAUUCCUCAUCGUGCUCCAUUCUAAAUUCCCAAUCCAUCCCAGAAAAAAAAAAAAAAAUUCAAAACAUGUGAAAAAUUACCAGAAAGUAGCACAGAAAAAGAACAGUACUAGCCAGUAGUUUCAUGUGUAUCUACCAGAGAACAAAAAUAGUGUAUAAAGGGAAAUGGUCCAUUCAUAUCUAGUUAUUCAGAAACAUUAGGAUAUGAAUUGAUACAAGUUUCCAUGUAAAAAUCAUGUUAUAUACACGGCUUGAAAUGACCGAAAUAAUAGAUUACAAUGUAAAGAAGAAAAUUAUAUAUGUUUUUAGUGCA